ACAGCUUUAUCGUUGGAGAAGACACCACAUUUACUGAGAGGAAAAAAAACCUUCUACUAUAGGAGUUUUAACCCUGCAUUUUAUGCAAAAUGGUUAGAGGAGGUACAUUAGGAGACGACAUUGGGAAACUCUUCGUCGGUGGGUUAUCACACGAGACGACUCAAGAAUCACUGAAGAAUUAUUUUUCGUCGUUUGGCGAAGUGACAGAUGUUGUUGUAAUGAAAGACACAGUGACAAAAAAACCAAGGGGCUUUGGAUUUGUGACAUUUCAAGAUCCAAAUUCAGUACAGAAGGUUCUCGGUCAUCCGGUACCACAUGUUGUGGACAAGAAAACGAUCGAUCCUAAGCAAGCAGUACCUCGUGGUCCCGGGCAGGCAGGAUCAGUCUCAGUCCAGCCAAGUAGAGACAAUAAUGAAAUGAAGAUUUUUGUUGGAGGAAUUGCCAAUGGAACCACAGAAGAUGACCUAAGCAACUAUUUUUCUGCUUAUGGCAAGGUAAUACAUGUAAACUUGAUGUAUGAACACAAUCAGCCAGAUGGAACAAAAAGGAUGAGAGGCUUUGGUUUUGUAACGUUUGAUUCAAGCCUACCAGUUGAGAAGACCGCCAAUAUUCAUUAUCACCAAAUCAAUGGAAAAACGGUGGAGGUGAAGAGGGCAGAAAAGCGUGAUUCCAAGGCAAUGGGACCCAUGCAGGGUAUGGCUGGCUAUCAACAGCAGCAUGGGGGCCAUCCUGGAUAUGGUGCAGCUGCAUAUGCACAAACAGGUCCAUAUGGCAUGCAACAUCCAAUUGGGAUGGGGCGUGGUUUUCCUCCCUAUGGUGCCAUGGGUCCCGGUGCAGGGGCUGCUGCCUCUGGUUUUGCUGCAGCACCAGGCCCAUCUCCUGCAUAUGGAUAUGGUAAGUCCCAACAGUUCAUCAGCCAUCCUAGAAUUUUACUUAAAGCUAUUGUUUUAUAUGUAGGCCUUGGUAACUACCAGCAACAGCAAGAGUUACAGUACGGCCCAACACGGACUUCAUACUCCUCUGAAAGUAGCUUUGGUGCUUACGGCUCUGCCGAGCCCCCUGGUUACACAGGGGCUGGAGCCCCGGCAUACGGGGAAUCGUUUGGUAGGGGGACUGCUCCAUCCCGUGGAUUUCACCCGUACGGCCGAUGAAGCAGUAGAACGCGCAUGAUGGAUUAAUUGCGGAUCUUGUUUCAUAAUACUUUGUUACCGCUUUUCCAUUUAAUAUCCAUUUGAAAAUUUGAGUUUUUGCUUUUUAUGCCACACGAUAUGUUCAGAGAAGACAGAAAGACGUUAGUUCGUAGCUGCCGUUACCAUAAUUUAUUGUAAAUUGUGAAGGGUUUUUUGGGUUUUACUUAUUAAGGUACCUCGACACCGAACAUUGUUUGCGCUUUACAAUUAUUAUUCCCUUUGGCGAAGCUGCAAAUAGAAGUUAGAAUUGCAGCUGGUUGGCUGUCCUUUUUCGUAGUGUUAUUGGCAGAUUUUAGCCUUGGAAUUAAGUCUUAUCUGUGCAGAGUCGUUUUAGAAUAAAAUGUGGUCAAACUGUUCAUUGCAAUUAAA